CCCACGCAAGUGCUGCUGGGAAAACAUGGCCGCUUUCAUAACAGUCGCGUACACGUAGCUUCGCUGUAGGUUUGUUUUUUUGGACAUAUCAACAAUUUAAUGUUAAGAUAAGCUCGAAUGUAAAUUGAAAACAAUGCCACAAUACUACGAAGAUAAAGAGGAGGAUUCUCGCGCUUGUGCCGGAAUCAGAGAAGAUUUUAAGACCUGUCUCCUUCAGCAUGACUGCGUUGUAAAGGAAGGCAAAAAGCCCAGUGAGUGUCUGAAGGAGGGACACUGCAAAGGCCUGCAGGUUUCUUUCUUUGAAUGUAAAAGAUCAAUGCUGGACACAAGAUCUCGAUUCAGAGGCAGAAAAGGCUACUAACGGGACCGCGGUUUAUUUCUACUUGGUGCCAGAAGGAGCAGGAGAUCUUGGCUAAAUGAUAUUGUAAUUUCACUGUAAAUAUGAGCUUUAUUUGACAUUGGUUGAUGCACUGGGCUAUUGAAAAUUGCGAGUUGAAAUCCUAGAACUGCCAAGCUACCACUGUUGGGUCCUUGAGCAACAAGUUGUUUCCUGUGUCAGCUGUAAGUCGCUUUGGAUAAAAGCAUCAGCAAAUUGAGAUAAAUGUAAAUGUGUUGAUUUUUCUUACUCCAAGAAGCACUUAAACGUUCACACCGAGAUGUAAGCUCAUAACUGUGUUGUGACACAAUGGCUUGAGGGCUGUGUGAAUAAAAUUCAAUGUGUUUGUUA